AAAGGGAAGAAGCUUUUUCCAAAGGACCUCAGCUUUUACUUCUCUGUCUGCCAUUUAAUUUCCUUAAAUAUAUCAUGUCACUUCUUUCAUCUCUCACACAAAACCUCUUCUUUUUUUCACUUCUCACUCACCCUUUUAAUAAAACUAGUAGGGAGUAGCCCUUUUCUAGCAAUAUCUUUCUUUAAGUUUAGAGGGUUGGUUUGAAUUUAUGGUUUAGAGGUGAAGAAAAAGAGAAAAACUGAAGUGGGGUUUUGUUCUUGAAGGAAAGUUUGGAUCUUUUUUUGUGUUCUUGCAAAGCCCCAUGUGAGUUUUGUGAUCAAAUAUCCAUUUCUUGAUCUGUACUUUGUUUUGUGAAGGCAAAGUUUGAAUCUUUUUGUGUUCUUGCAAACCCCAUGUGACGUUUUGUGAUCAAAUAUCCAUUUCUUGAUCAUUACUUUGUUUUGUGAAGUGAAAAGUUUGAAUCUUUUUAAGAAAAAACAAAAUGAUAUCACUUUCAGACCUUUACCAUGUUCUCACUGCUGUAGUUCCACUGUAUGUAGCAAUGAUCUUAGCUUAUGGUUCAGUGAAAUGGUGGAAAAUAUUUAGCCCUGACCAAUGUUCUGGAAUCAAUAGAUUUGUUGCUCUUUUUGCUGUUCCAUUGCUAUCUUUUCACUUCAUUGCUUCCAACAAUCCAUAUGCCAUGAACUACAGGUUUAUAGCUGCUGACACUCUUCAGAAAAUCAUAGUUCUUUUUGUUCUAGCCAUUUGGUCAAGAGUUAGCUCAAGGGGGUCCCUUGAAUGGUCCAUUACUUUGUUUUCACUUUCCACUUUACCAAACACUUUAGUUAUGGGGAUUCCUUUGUUAAAGGGUAUGUAUGGUGAUGCCUCAGGAAGUUUAAUGGUCCAAAUUGUUGUGCUUCAAUGUAUCAUUUGGUACACUUUGAUGCUUUUCUUGUUUGAGUAUAGAGGAGCAAGAAUGCUUAUUGCAGAACAGUUUCCUGACACUGGAGGGUCCAUUAUUUCCUUUAAAGUUGAUUCUGAUAUUAUUUCAUUAGAUGGGAAAGAGCCAUUGGAAACUCAAGCUGAAGUUGGUGAUGAUGGGAAACUUCAUGUUACUGUUAGAAAAUCCACUAGUUCAAGGUCUGAAAUUUUUUCAAGAAGAUCUCAUGGUCCUAAUUCUGGUCUUUCGUUAACCCCAAGACCAUCAAACUUAACAAAUGCUGAAAUUUAUUCAUUGCAAUCUUCAAGAAAUCCAACUCCUAGAGGUUCAAGUUUUAACCAUACUGAUUUUUACUCCAUGGUGAAUGGAAAAAAUGCUAAUAUGAGUCCAAGGAAUUCAAAUUUUGGGAACUAUGGUCAUGAUGAGGAGAGUGGAGUUGCUGGAUUUGGGAGAGGAAAUGGGGUUUAUGGACAGGGGAAUGCAGGAUACCCUGCUCCUACUAAUGCUGGAAUCUUUUCUCCAGCCACUGGACCAGUGACCAAGAAGAAGGCAAAUGGUGGUACAGAUGGUGGAAAAGAUCUUCACAUGUUUGUUUGGAGUUCAAGUGCUUCACCAGUAUCUGAAGGAGGGAUUCAUGUCUUUAGGGGAGGAGGUGACUAUGGUAAUGAGCUUGGUGUUGGAGCCCACCCAAAAGAUUAUGAUGAAUUUGGCCGAGAAGAGUUCACAUUCGGAAACAAACAGAACCUGAAUGGAAAUGACCGGGAAGGACCAGUUGUCCGCUCAAGCUCCACAACUGAGCUCCGUCCUAAGAUUGCUCCAGAAGAGACCAAGGCUACUGCCAUGCCACCAGCUAGUGUCAUGACCAGGCUCAUUUUGAUUAUGGUGUGGCGAAAACUAAUUAGGAACCCAAAUACCUACUCCAGCCUCAUUGGCUUAACUUGGUCCUUGGUCUCUUUCAAGUGGAAUGUUCAAAUGCCUGCGAUUAUAGCCAAAUCAAUAUCAAUUCUUUCUGAUGCUGGACUUGGAAUGGCGAUGUUUAGUCUUGGUUUGUUCAUGGCAUUGUCACCUAGAAUCAUUGCAUGUGGGAAAACAAUUGCUAUCUUCUCAAUGGGUGUGAGAUUCCUAACUGGUCCUGCAGUCAUGGCUGCUGCCUCCAUUGCAGUCGGACUUCGAGGUGUCCUUUUGCAUAUUGCGAUUGUUCAGGCGGCUUUACCUCAGGGAAUUGUUCCAUUUGUCUUUGCCAAAGAAUACGGCGUUCAUCCUGAUAUAUUGAGCACAGGGGUUAUAUUUGGGAUGUUAGUAGCUCUUCCUAUCACUUUGGUCUACUACAUUUUACUGGGGCUUUGAAGUUGAUGAUCAAUAACUAAGCUGCUGAAGUUUUUUGUAAAGGAAAAAACUAAAGACCACCCUUUUGGCAUAUGGUCUUUUUUGCUACUAACAGAAUAUGAAUUUCUCAGAAAAAGAAGAGUAAAAGAGACAAAAAAAUGAAAGCAAAGUGGAAUUGUGAAUGGUCAAUUGUUGGGAACAACCAAUAGAGGAGUUUUAGUGGAAAAUUCUUUUGUUGUCUCUUUGUCCUCUUUUACCUUUUUGAACUUUUGUGCUAUCCUAGGCCUACAUGUCUCUUGGUUCUUUUCAAUGAAGAAAGUUAAGUUUAUUUUUUU